AUGGAAGUAAGCGCGGAGCAGCCCCGCUGGAUGUCGCACCACCCGGCCGUGCUGAACGAGCAGCAUCCCGGCUCGCACCACCCGGGCCUCGGCCACUCCUACAUGGAGCCCGCGCAGUACCCGCUGGCCGAAGAUGUGGAUGUACUAUUUAAUAUCGACGCCCAGGGCAACCACGUCUCGCCCUACUACGGCAACUCUGUGCGGGCCGUGCAGAGGUACCCGCCGCCCCCGCACAGUAAGUAUACACGCAGCCAAGUGUGCCGGCCGUCGCUGCUGCACGGCUCGCUGCCGUGGCUGGAGGCGGCGGGCGGCAAAGGCAUCGGCGCGCACCACGGCGCUUCCCCGUGGAACCUCAGCCCCUUCCCCAAGAACCCCCUCCACCACCACGGCUCCCCGGCCGGCCUGUCCGUCUACCCCCCGGCGUCGUCUUCGUCCUCGUCGUCGUCGUCGCUGUCCGGGGGCCACUCCAGCCCGCACUUGUUCACCUUUCCGCCCACCCCGCCCAAGGACGUGUCGCCGGACCCGGGCCUGUCCACGCCGGGUUCCGGGGGAGGCGGCGGGGGACGGCCCGAGGACAAGGAGUGCGUCAAGUACCAGGUGACGCUGGCCGACAGCAUGAAACUGGAGACUGCUCACGGCCGCGGGGUGGCGGCGGCGCUCGGACCCGGCCCCCCCGGCUCCUCGGCGGCGGCGGCGGCGGCCCACCACCCCAUCGCCACAUACCCACCCUAUGUCCCCGAAUACGGGCCAGGCCUCUUCCCACCAAGUAGCCUGAUAGGUGGGUCCUCUUCUACUUAUGGUUCCAAAACAAGACCAAAAACAAGGUCGUGUUCAGAGGGCAGAGAGUGCGUCAACUGCGGCGCCACGUCGACCCCGCUGUGGCGGCGGGACGGCACGGGUCACUAUCUGUGUAACGCCUGCGGCCUGUACCACAAGAUGAACGGGCAGAACAGGCCCCUGAUCAAGCCCAAGCGGCGGCUGUCGGCGGCCAGGCGCGCGGGUACGUCGUGCGCCAACUGCCAGACCACCACCACUACGCUAUGGAGGCGAAACGCCAACGGCGACCCCGUCUGCAACGCCUGCGGACUCUACUUUAAGCUGCACAAUAUCAACCGACCUCUGACCAUGAAGAAGGAAGGCAUCCAGACGCGCAACCGCAAGAUGUCCAGCAAGUCCAAGAAGAGCAAAAAGUCCCUGCAGGACGGCGGCAUGGACGACUUCUCCAAGAGCCUGAUGGACAAGAGCAGCUCCUUCAGCCCGGCCGCCCUCUCCCGCCACAUGUCCUCCUUCCCGCCCUUCUCGCACUCCGGCCACAUGCUCGGCACCCCCACGCCCAUGCACCCCUCCUUCGCGCCCCACCACCCGUCCAGCAUGGUGACGGCCAUGGGCUAG